AGAACAUCACCCGGCUGCGGGCCGAGGGCGAGGACUUCCGAUGGUACCUCAAGCUGAAAUGUGGGAACUGCGGUGAAGUCUCCGAAAAGUGGCAGUACCUGCGGCUGAUGGACAGUGCUCCCCUGAAGGGCGGCCGAGGAAGCGCCACCAUGGUGCAGAAGUGCAAGCUGUGCUCCAGGGAGAACUCCAUCGAUAUUUUAAGUCAGACAAUCAAGCCAUACAAUGCUGAAGACAGUGAGAAAUUCAAAACCAUUGUGGAGUUUGAAUGCCGAGGUCUGGAACCAGUUGACUUUCAACCACAGGCAGGGUUUGCUGCUGAGGGUGCAGAAUCUGGCACACCUUUCAAUGACAUCAACUUGUUAGAAAAGGAUUGGAAUGACUAUGAUGAAAAAACAAAGGAAUCUGUUGGAAUCUAUGAAGUUACCCAUAAAUUUGUAAAAUGCUGAAGUUCAUACCUGUGACAAAUUAUGACAGAGUUAUUGAUGGAGGAGCUGUAAACAUCAGAUAUGCAUCUUCCUUGGAGUUACUUUUUCACAUGGCUGCACUUCAGAAAUGGAAACCUAAGGUGACAGAAUCAUUUAGGUUGGAAAUGAUCUCCAAGUCUGAGUUCAACCUUUGACCGACAUUGCUGAGUUGUACUUUCCAUGCCCUAAUAAAAUAUUUCCCAUGGAGCACUUGGAGAUGGCCUCAGUACAAACUGAAAAUAGCACAUAUUGACUGAACAGUGCCAUGGCCUUAAGGCUGUGGGGUUUGGGAGUUACAUGGUUGUGGUGGGCUGUAGCUUAGCUAAUGCAUUGAGUAACUGCUUACACAACUUACAGCCUUAAAGGUUUUAGUAGCUGGUCACCAGGAAGUACCUACAUUUGUUUAACAUAAGCAAAUAAAGUCUUCCCACUCAGCACUCCUGUCGUGAGGAAAUGGCUGCAAGCACUAGUAAAGGCAGUGUUAACUCUUCAAGGGAACAGCUAUACCUUUAAGCAGCUUUCUGCCCCUCUUGGUAAAGACUGAGGUGGGUUUCCUGAGAAUACUUACUAAGCCUGACUGCUGCUGACAUUUACACAGUUACAGUCCUCUGAAAAGCAAGUUAUCUUUCCAAGUAUGUCAUUAAGUAAACCUGAUUUUUAGGUGAAGACAGACUUUGUACUCCUUGGCGAGUGCAUUCACAAUCCUGCCAGCUGGUCUCAUGUUUCAAAAUAAAA